ACAAAAGGUUUAUUAUGAUCUGUACAGUGUGCACCAAACGAAUCUGUUAUGAUCACUUGGUCUAUUCACCUGACAUUUCAUGAAAAGUUUACCGUGUAUGAUUAAGUGUAGGUAAACCCCAAUAUCCCUUAAUCGUCUUUAUAAUAAGUGUUUUGUCGGCCAGAAGACAGAGAGACCAACAAUACCAGCAAUAUAUUCAAAUACUGUCUGCGCGGUACCAGGAAGCUGAGCUACCGCGGUUGAGUGAGGAGGAUGAGUUACCGACAGAGGGGGGGAGGUCAGCUGGGUCUGAUCCUCCUGGCCUCCCAGCUCUUCCAUGUGGGGGUGGAGAACAUUCCCCCUGUGACGCUGGCUGUAUUGGGCCUUAACGUCUACCUCUUUCUGGUACCCAGCUUACCCCUCCUCCAGGCCUGCAUCAGCGUCCAGCAGGCCUACUGGCGUGGUGACUGGCGCCGCCUCGUGCUGUCGCCGCUGCACCACCUAGACGACUGGCACCUGUACUUCAACAUGGCAUCCUUCCUGUGGAAGGGCGUCAAGUUGGAGCCCCGGCUUGGCAGCAGCUUCUACGCCUGGCUUCUGACUGUUUUCUCCCUGCUGACGGGCGUGAUUUAUCUGCUGCUGGAAAUGGUGCUCUCGGAGAUCACCCAGGACCCCUCUUACAGCUUAGAGUGUGCAGUCGGCUUCUCAGGAGUGCUUUUCGCCCUGAAAGUGCUGAGUAACCACUACCACCCGGGAGGUGUCUCCUACGUGAUGGGCGUCCCAGUGGCCAAUCGCUACGCCAGCUGGGUUGAGCUGGUGCUGAUUCAUGUAACGUCACCGGGGACCUCCUUUGUGGGACACCUGGCAGGCAUCCUGGUGGGGCUUCUCUACACCGCUGGUCCUUUGAAGAUCAUCAUGAGAACAAUUGCAGGAUUUGUGAUGAAUGGAUACCAUGCCAGACAAAAUCCAUAUUAUAACUCUUCAGGAUACAGUGGCAGUAGUGGAGGACACCGUGCGCACCCCCAGAAUGUUCACCCUUACACUGGAGGUCUAUCAGAGGAUGAGCAGUACGAGGCAGCCAUCAGAGCCAGUCUCAAUGGCAGAGGGGGCUCCACUCAGAGAAGACCAACCUCGCAUGGUUUCAACAUUCCAGGAGAACUGACAGCAGAGGAGAUCAGGAGGCGGCGGCUCCAGAGGAUUGACCACUUUGACUGACCAAGCUGGACUAUUGGUUCAUUGGAGGAUAAAAAUAUCUUUCCUCAAGGAAUACUACACUGAAAAACUAUAGUAUUUUGUCCAUCAGUCCACUGUUAAAGGUAGAAUCAGUGAAAUGUUGCACAAGCAGUACCUCAGAUAUUGCGAUGAGCAAGAUGCAAGAUUUCGCUCUCACCCAGUCACACACAGUAUCUGCGCAUGUGCACGGGUUCGCUUAACGCUCUUACAAAGUGGUAGCCAAGGGACCAGAACAGGAGAAGUUUAGCCUCGCGCUCCAACUCUCAUAGUUGUUGGGGUGCAUUUUAAUUUGCCAUUUUAUAAUUAAAAAAUAUUUUAAAUGAAUAUUUGAAAACUUAUAAAUAUUAUGCAGUGAAAACAGCCAAAUGUAUCCAAAUCACAUUUUAGUAACUACAUUGAUUUGACAUGUUCACUUUGUAGUGUCAACUUUAUUGAAUGGGUGCCAAUGACUUGUGCUAUCGAUCCCCCACGGUUGGCGUGCCAUUGAGCUCUUACCGUAUGUAUUGGGCUACUAUUGAAUUAUUUUCAACUAUCAAUUAAGAUUUUUAGUCCUGUAGUAUUUGAAUGUAAUAAUAGGAUGACCAAAUAUACUGUUUCUGUCUCUUGGCAAAUAUGAAACAGCAAUUUUAGAGAUCUGGGAACUAAGUCUUCUAUUUUGAUACAUUUUGCUCUAGAGGGAAUCUGAGAAUGAACUCGUAAUUUAACAUGAGAGUAAUAUGAUGUAUUUCUUAAAAUAAUCUUGUUUGUUAAACAAUGUAUUUUUGGAACAUUUAUAUUAAAUAUGUGCAUUGUGUUAAACACUGCAUUUCCCCCCUUA